UAAUAAUAGUAGGUUUUGUUUACUACAGGUUGCAAAAGCUUCUUUCCAGAGGAACAAUGAUGCCUUAGAUGCUGCACUUUUUUACCUUGCUAUGAAGAAAAAGGCAGUGGUGUGGGGUCUGUUUAGGUCCCAGCACGAUGAAAAGAUGACUGCCUUUUUCAGCCACAACUUCAGUGAAGAUAGAUGGCGCAAAGCUGCUUUAAAAAACGCUUUUGCUUUGUUGGGAAAACAGCGCUUUGAACAAUCAGCUGCAUUUUUCUUGCUAGCAGGUUCACUGAAAGAUGCUAUAGAGGUGUGCCUUGAGAAAAUGGAAGACAUCCAGUUGGCUAUGGUUAUUGCUCGUUUAUAUGAAUCGGAGUUUGAAACCUCUGUCACAUACACCUCCAUUCUUUAUGAAAAGAUUUUGGGUUGCCAUAAGGAUGGAGCAGGGUUCAGCUGUACUAAAUUGCAUUCUGAUCCAUUUCUGAGAAGCAUUGCAUACUGGAUAAUGAAAGAUUACACUAGAGCACUGGACACAUUAUUGGAACAAACACCUAAAGAUGAUGAUGAAAACCCAGUUAUCGUCAAGUCGUGCAAUCCUGUGGUAUUCAGUUUCUACAAUUAUCUUCGGACUCACCCUUUGCUCAUCCGAAGAUACUUCAGCUCACCAGAAGGGACUCUGGUCACCUUAGGUCUAAAAACUGAGAAAAGCUUUGUUGAUAAAAUUAAUCUUAUAGAAAGAAAAUUAUUCUUCACUACUGCAAAUGCUCAUUUUAAAGUAGGCUGCCCUGUACUAGCUCUCGAGGUCCUCUCCAAAAUUCCAAAAGUAAGAAGAAAGUCUGCUGUAGCUGCAGAGAAAGAUUCAUCUAGUCCUCCAAUACAGGUUGGUGUUUCAGAUUCUAAAGCCCUAACGGAUGGUGCUGGAAGUAGUGAUAUAGACUGGUCAAAGCCAAUUUCAACUUCCUUUGCUUUGGAGAACACUGUUGAAUCUUCAGCACAAUUUGACUGGAGCCAACCAGCAGUAACAUUUGAUGACGAGCCCCUUACUCUUGAUUGGGGUGAAGACAAAAAUGGGUCAGAUGAAGAGGACAAGGAUGUUGGUAUAAUGAUGAAAAACUCAAAAUCUGAUUCUAAGAAUGGAGAAGAUGAUGAGAGAACUUCAGACACCAUCUCACAAACACCACAUGGGGAGACUUCUGAUGCAGGAGACACUGAGGUUGAUGUUAUUGCUGAACAACUGAAGUUCAGAGCCUGUUUAAAGAUCCUUAUGACUGAACUGAGGACUUUGGCUACAGGCUAUGAAGUAGAUGGAGGAAAGCUCAGAUUUCAGCUGUACAACUGGCUUGAAAAAGAGAUUGCUGCUAUGCAUGCAAUAUGCAACCAUGACACAGGGGGCAAAGACUAUUGUAAAACAUACACCAAAGUAAAUGGGGAUCUACUUGAUCAUGAUGAUAUUACGGAUAAGCCAGAUAUUGGUUCAUAUGAACGGCACCAGAUAGAAAGACGUAGAUUACAAGCAAAACGAGAACAUGCUGAAAGACGAAAGUGGUGGCUGCAGAAGAACCAAGCUCUUCUAAGAGUUUUUCUAAGUUAUUGUAGUCUUCAUGGGGCACAAGGUGGUGGUUUAGCCUCUGUAAGAAUGGAACUGAAGUUCUUGCUGCAAGAGUCACAGCAGGAAACUACUGUAAAACAACUCCAGUCUCCACUUCCAUUACCCACAACACUACCUUUGCUUUCUGCAAGCAUAGCAUCCACAAAAACCGUGAUAGCUAAUCCUGUGCUGUAUUUAAACAACCACAUCCAUGAUAUUCUUUACACUAUUGUGCAGAUGAAAUCACCACCACAUCCUAAUAUUGAAGAUAUCAAGGUGUACACACUUCAUUCUUUAGCAGCUUCACUUUCUGCAUCCAUUUAUCAAGCACUAUGUGACAGCCACAGCUACAGCAGUCAAACAGAAGCAAAUCAGUUUACAGGAAUGGUUUAUCAAGGACUGCUUUUGAGUGAUCGACGCAGACUGAGGACUGAAAGUAUUGAAGAGCAUGCAACUCCAAACUCAUCUCCUGCUCAGUGGCCUGGUGUGAGUUCACUUAUAAAUCUCUUAAGUUCAGCUCAGGAUGAAGAUCAACCAAAGUUAAACAUCCUACUUUGUGAAGCUGUUGUAGCUGUCUACCUGAGUCUCCUUAUACACGCCCUUGCAACCAAUUCAUGUAAUGAAUUAUUUCGACUAGCAGCCCAUCCUUUGAACAGUCGAAUGUGGGCUGCUGUGUUUGGUGGAGGAGUGAAACUUCUUGUAAAACCUCGAAGGCAGUCAGAAAAUAUUCCAGCACCACCUCUUCCCUCAGAAGAAAUGGAUAAACAUCGCCGUCGGUUUAAUAUGAGAAUGCUAGUGCCAGGAAGACCAGUAAAAGACAGCACUGUACCACCACCUGUACCUGCAGAAAGACCCUCUUACAAGGAGAAAUUUAUUCCUCCAGAACUUAGCAUGUGGGACUAUUUUAUGGCAAAGCCAUUUCUUCCUUUAUCAGACAGCGGUGUUAUAUAUGAUUCCGAUGAAAGCAUACACAGUGAUGAGGAAGAGGAUGAUGCUUUCCUCUCUGAUGUACAGAUCCAGGAACACAAAGAUGCCAAUUCUUACAGCUGGGCUCUUCUACAUCUGACAAUGGUAAAAUUAGUUCUGCACAAUAUUAAGAACUUCUUUCCCAUUGCUGGUCUGGAAUUCACUGAUCUGCCUGUAACAUCACCAUUGGGCAUUGCUGUAAUAAAAAAUUUGGAACACUGGGAACAGAUUCUUCAAGACAGAAUGGACCAGUUUGAAGGCCCACCACCAAACUACAUCAAUACUUAUCCUAGUGACCUUGGCUUAGGUGCAGGCCCAGCUAUUCUCCGCAAUAAGGCAAUGAUUGAACCUGAAAACACACCAUUCAAAUCAAAGGAUUAUUCAGCUCUCCCAGCAAAAAGGCUCUGGCAUUUUCUUGUGAAGCAGGAACUUCUUCAGGAGACUUUCAUAAGAUACAUAUUCACAAAGAAAAGAAAGCAAAGUGAGUCUGUAGAAGAUCGUGUGGAGCAGGUCAAACAAAACUGCGUAGCAGAAGAUCACAAAAACAAGGUUGAAGCAGAUCUUGGCUACCCUGGAGGAAAAGCAAAAAUCAUUCACAAAGAAUCAGAUAUGAUAAUGGCAUUUGCAGUUAAUAAGGCAAACAGCAAUGACAUUGUUUUGGCAUCUACACAUGAUGUUCAAGAACUUGAUAUUUCAGCUCUACUGGCUGCUCAGUCGUUUAUAUGGAUUGGGGAGGAAUAUGACAGAGAGUCUAAAAGCUCUGAUGAUAUUGACUUUCGUGGUUCUACCACAACACUAACUCAGUCAACUGCACCAUCUUUUGGAGUGAGUCAGAUACAACCAUCUUCAUCUAUGCCAUGGUUAGGCAGCGGUCAAACUAGCACUGGAGCUGGUGUGCUUAUUAAAAGAAAUCUGAAUAACGUCAAGAGAAUGGCUUCACAUCCAGUCCAUCAGUAUUAUCUUACAGGAGCACAAGAUGGUAGUGUUCGAAUGUUUGAGUGGACAAGGCCACAGCAAUUAGUAUGCUUCAGGCAGGCUGGGAACGCCAGGGUUACAAGAAUGUAUUUCAAUUCCCAGGGCAAUAAGUGUGGUGUUGCUGAUGGUGAAGGAUUUCUAAGUAUUUGGCAAGUAAACCAAACCACCUCCAAUCCUAAGCCCUAUCUGAGUUGGCAGUGCCACAGUAAAACCACAAGUGACUUUGCAUUUAUAACCUCUUCAAGUCUCGUUGCGACAUCGGGACAGUCCAAUGAUAACAGAAAUGUGUGCCUCUGGGAUACUUUGGUUUCAUCUGGUAACAGUCUUAUACAUGCCUUCACUUGUCAUGAUCACGGUGCCACAGUACUUCAGUAUGCACCUAAACAUCAACUGCUAAUUUCUGGAGGUCGGAAGGGAUAUAUCUGCAUCUUUGACAUCAGACAGAGGCAAAUCCUUUACACCUUCCAAGCACAUGAAUCAGCUGUUAAGGCCCUCGCACUGGAUCCAUCUGAGGACUAUUUUGUUACAGGCUCAGCAGAAGGUAACAUGAAGGUGUGGAGACUGACUGGCUAUAAUUUAAUUCAUUCAUUUAAAAAUGAACACGCUAAGCAAUCCAUCUUCAGAAAUAUUGGUGCUGGUGUCACCCAGAUUGAAACUGUGCAAGGCAACCGUAUCUUCUCCUGUGGAGCAGAUGGCACGCUGAAAAUGAGGGUUCUUCCCAAUGCUUUCAAUGUACCUUCAGGCAUUUUUAACAUUCUGUAGCGUUAUGUGAGCUAAUCCUGGUUUUAUAUAAUGUCCCUUUAAGUAGCUAAAGAUCAUAGUGAUAUGCACUGUAGAAAGGAAACAGAAUGCUUCCUUUCAAAGCAGUAACUGCAGCAUUAAGUACUACAGGUAAAAAGAUUGAAAAAGAGACAGACUUUUACAACAGGUGUAUUUUGAGUAUGCCCAUAAGGAUCACUGAGAUGGAAAUGCAUGUACUGUAUUGUAAAAGCAAAGAAUUAAACUCAGUACAGUCAGUCAUAGGUGGGGUUAUUGCUCAGUAACCCACAAGCUGCAUUUAGUAAGUGUAUUGUAAAGAUUCUGACAUUCGUCAGUCACUUAAAAAGCACUGUGGCUCUACAAGUCAGUAAGCAUUUCUGAUGUGAUUU